AUGUUCACCAGUACGGGCAAGACGGCGCCGCCGCAGGCAUUCAUGUCUAGCUAUGCGCCGCGACUGCGAUCCCAUGGAAACUCUCUAAUCUCGCCAAUUGUUCCACCAUCGAAUACGCUUCCAGCGCCUCGCGUGACGAAGCGCGGCACGGCUGUCCUUAGCUAUGCAGAGGAUGCAUAUGACGACGACGACUUUGAGGACAGCGAUCGCCCGCGGCGCGCCACUGGCUUGCGUAGUAUACAAAGGGAAGAUCCCUCCAAUGUGGAUAAGACGGCGCAAAUCGCAGCGUUGGGGGAGGAGCUCACUGCGCCAAUCGACAUUCAAGGUAUCUGGCGAGACUGGAUGGGCAGACCGAAGCGCACAUUGACGGAGAAACAAGUACAAACUCAGUCGGCUCUCCCAGUUACAUUAAUACCGAUUCGAAUAGACAUGGACAUACAGUCUUUCCGCCCUGAUGCGCCGCUACCAACGCCCUCAAACGCCCGGGAUUUCGGCAUCAACGAGAGCUUACCCGCCUACAAGCAACCGGAUAUCACACCAGCGUACAGACUACAUGACAUGUUUCUUUGGAACCUACACGAAGCUCUGACGACACCUGACCAGUUCGCGAAGCAAUUUGUGGAUGAGCUAGAUCUUCCAAACGAUCGAAAGCCGUAUCUGAUUCUCAACAUCGCGAACCAGAUCCGGCAACAAUUGGAGGAAUACGCCGGUGUCGCGUUGCAUCCCCUUUUCCAUUCGACAGCGUCGCCUGCGCUCCAAGAAACGACGGUUAGGCCCCUGAUAUUAUCUUUGUCGCGCGACGGAACCUCGACACCUGCGCUACCAGCAACAAAUGGCGUCUCAACGCCUGUCUUGAAUGGCGCGACACAGACAAAUGGUGCGCAGACACCAGCAGGCAUACCAAACGGCAUUAGUGCCUCCGCUACUGCACUGCCGUCCGAAGAGUUGCACAACCCUGAUGACACCUACCGCUGCAUCGUCACGCUAAAUAUCAACCUGAUGAACCGACUAUACACCGACAAAUUUGAAUGGUCCUUGUUACACCCGCCGGGGUUUGCUGAAAUGUUCGCCAAAAUCACCUGCGCAGACUUGGGAUUAGCUGGGGAGUGGGUAGCAGCAAUGACACAUGCCAUCUAUGAAGCAGUCCUACGUCUCAAGAAAGAAGCAUGCGAGAAUGGCGGGCUAGUCGGAGAUGGAGAGAUUGACAAUGACGCCGUUGAACCCACGAUUGGCGCGGGCUGGAGGUACGACCACGAGCACCUAUGCGACGAAUGGGAACCCAAGGUCGAGAUUCUAUCGCCAGAAGAAAUCGAGAAACGCGAAGGCGAUCGGGAGAGACAAAUUCGAAGACUCCGGAGAGAAACAGCGCGCUUUUCAUCGACCGCGAAUAUGACAGGCACACCGCAAAACGAGUUCUUCAAUAAUAUUGAACAGCAAGAAAACAUGGGCCGUGGCGAGCGCAGCAAGAAGAAGAGGAGAUUUAGGAGUCUUAGUCCUGUUGGCCGCGGCACACCCGGGGCUGGGUCUGGGUAUGGUGGACAGGAUGGCGGGCUGCAAGAAGGGGAACGACAAACGUGGCGAUGCGCUCACUGCUGGGUGUGGGGUACUGCAGUUUGGGCUGUCCGCGACGGGCCACGGGGCCCACGCACUCUUUGCAACAAUUGCGGCUACCUUUACGAACGAGAUAAGAAGCUUCCGCCUUGGUCUGAGAACCUGUUCUACCACGAUCGACCGUAUCACGAAAUCCAGCAACGGCCGCAACGGUAA